AUGUAUGAAGUUUUCUUGAGUUUUAAAGGUGAGGACACCCGCAAAAGUUUUACUGGCCAUUUAUACGCUGCUUUGAAUCGAAAAGGAAUAUACACUUCCAUGGAUGAUGAAGAACUUGAGAGGGGAAAAUCCAUUUCACCAGAACUCUUGAAAGCCAUUGACGAGUCCAUUUUGCUUGUGUUCUAUGACGUGGAACCAACCCAUGUAAGAAAGCAUGGUGGAGAUUUUGAGAAGGCUUUUGCUAAACAUGAACAAGUUCUCAAAGAUGGAGGAGAAAGGAUAAAAAAGUGGAGGGAGGCUUUUGCUCAAUUUGUAGAUUACACUGGUGGUCUUCCUUUGGCUCUUACAGUUUUCGGCUCCUUUGUAUUCAGGAGAAGUUUAACUGAAUGGUGUAGUGAACUGGACAGAUUAAAAAAGAAUCCUGGUGAACAACUUCUUCAUAUGUUGAGAGUAGGAUUUGGUGGAUUAGCAUCUACGGACGAGAAGGAUAUAUUUCUGGACAUUGCAUGCUUCUUUAAAGGAGAGAGUGUAAAGUGUGUGAAAAGGAUAUUUGAAAGCUAUGAUUACUAUCCGGAUAUACGUAUAAGAAUCCUCCUUGAGAAAUCUUUACUUAACGAUUUUUGGAGAAAAGUUGUGGAUGCAUCAUUACUACAAGAAAUGGGCAAGGAUAUUGUCCGCAAACAAUCUCAGCAAGAGCUAGGAAAACGCAGCCGGUUGUGGCUUCAUGAAGAUGCCGUUGAAGUACUUAGCAAGAAUGAGCCUUUAGAAAAGUUGGUGAUCAUGGACCUUAGCGAUUGCGAGUACUUGACUAAGACCCUUAAUUUCACUGAAAUCCCAAAGCUUGAGAGUCUUCCCCACAAGAUCAGCCUAAGGUCUCUCAAAACUUUCAUUCUUUCUGGAUGUUACAAACUCAAAAGGUUUCCGGAGAUUGACGAGACCAUGAAACAAUUAUCGAAACUUCAUUUAGAUGAGACAGCUAUAAUAGAGCUACCAACAUCAAUCAAGUAUUUGACUGGCCUGAUUUUGCUCAAUCUCAAAGAUGGCAAGAGCCUUUUGAGUCUGCCAAGUGUCAUUGGUAUUUUAACAUCACUUCAAAUUCUCAACAUCUCAGGCUGCUCUAAACUCGAGGAGUUGCCAAAACGGUUUGGGAGCUUAGAGAGCUUGGUGGAGCUUGAUGCAAGCAGAAGUGGCAUAAGACAAGUACCUUCCUUCAUUGUGAUUUUGAAAAACCUUAAAGUACUAUCUUUGGCUCAAUGUGGAGGUCUGCCACAUAAUCCUUGGGGUUGGCUCUUUAGUUGUUGCUUGUUGCCAUCAGAAGUCCAUCAGUUUGCAGCUUCCUACUUCAUUCUCAGGCUUAUGCUCUUUGAGGAAACUAGAUCUAAGCUAUUGCAAUCUUUCUGA